AUGCUGCAUAUUUUGCUACAGUAUGCGCCAAAUUGGACGCACGAGAUAUCAUGGCUCGUUAUUGUCGCCUUUGUCUUCGCUUUCUUUGUGUCCUAUGGUGAGUUUUUAUCAACUUUAACAAAUGAACUCUUAAUUAAAUUAUGGAUUUAAGGUAUGGGAGCCAAUGAUUCUUGUAAUGAUUGGGGACCGGCUGUUGGAGCAGGAACUGUGAAACUCUGGCAAGCCUACGUUCUCUCCGCUAUUCUCAAUGUUCUCGGUGCUGUUUUACUUGGUGAGUUGAUUUUUCUUCUCUUCUUCAAUUUUCAGUCAUUUUUUAAACAAAAGAACGAACAUAUCUUAUCAGUUUUUAAACUCAAAAAACAAUGAAAAACAAAAAAAAACAUGAACGGAUAUCACACCUGUUUGACCGGUCAUAUGGGGGUUUGAAAAAUUAUAUUUCAAAAAACAUGACCGGUCAAUGGCCUUGAUACCGCUGACAUUUUUAAUGUAUUCUUUUUUUGUAACAAAAAAAAAAAUUGAAUUAAAAAAAAACUUGACGCUUACCGAAAAGAAAAAAAACAAUAAAAUAUAUUUUUAAGGUUACAAGGUUGUGGAGACUUUGCGCACAGGAAUUGUUGAAUUCGAAAUUUUCGAUGUUUACGCUCAAUACAAUCAUUCAACAAAUCAUUACGACACUGUCGAUCAUUGUGGAAAUGCGACACUUGUUGGAGGAUGGAAGGCUCCAGAUAUUCUUCCAGGAGCACCACCAUUAGAAUGUGCCAAGUAUACAUCUAUCGAUUUUAUGCUCACUCAAACAGCUUCUCUCGCCGGUGUUGCCUCAUUCAUGAUUCUCUCAUCUUGCUACAAAAUCCCAGUAUCAGCCACUCAUGCGAUUGUUGGUGCUUCAGUCGCCACAUCUUUCUAUAUUCGUGGAAACGUUGGAAUCAAAUGGGAUGAAAUUAUCAAGAUUGUUGUCUCUUGGUUCAUUUCUCCAGUUAUUGCUGGAAUUUUCGCUGGAGCCUUUUAUUAUGUUGUCAAAUAUUCAGUUUUGAUCCGGAAAGAUACUUUUAAAUGGGCUCUCAAACUUUGCCCAAUUUUCUUGUGCUUCACUUUGGUUGUCAAUUUAUAUGCUUGUCUUUAUGAUGGAUCAAAAUGUAAGUUUUUCUAAAUUUCAAUUUCCUUGAAAUAUAUUUAUCUAUUUUUUUCUAGAUCUUGGACUAGAUAAACUCAACUGGUGGGAAGCUCUUCUUAUCUCAUGCGCUAUUGGAAUUGCCGGAUGGGCCCUUCUUGCUUUCCCAUUGAAGAAUUGGCUUCCAGGAAGAGCUAAAAGACUUUAUGACAAAGAAACUAAACAAAUCCAAAUCCGUUUGGAAUCUGGAAAAGCUCCAAAAGGUCAUAAAAUCAAAGAUAUGCGUGAACCAGAUGUUGCUGAUAAUAUCAAAGAACUUCCAUGGUACAAAUAUCUCUGGGCAUAUGUACCAGAAGAUCGUUUGACUAAAAAAGUGUUUAAUACUCUUCAAAUCGUCUCAUCAUCUAUGCUUUCAUUUACUCAUGGUGCAAAUGAUACUGGAAAUACUAUUUCACCACUUCUCGCUAUCUGGUUGUGUUAUGAAUCUGGAUAUGCUUUCGGAAAUGCUGAGACAAGAGAUGAUACACAAUUGUUGUUGGCUUAUGGAUCAUUUGCUAUGAUCUUUGGAUUUGUUACCCUUGGACAUCGUACCAUCAAAUUGUUGGCUCAUGAAAUGACUGUUGAUAUGUCACCAAUUUCUGGAUUCUGUAUUGAAGUCGGAACUGCUUUCACAGUCCUCGUUUGUGUCAAACUCGGAAUUCCAAUCUCAUCCACUCAUUGUACUGUCGGAGCUGUCGUUUUCGUUGGAAUGGCAAAAUCAACUCAUGAAGGAGUUUCAUUUGGAACAUUCCGCAAGAUUUGCUUAUUCUGGCUUUUGUGCUUCCCAAUUUCAGCUGUUAUCGGAGUUUUGACUACCAUAGUCCUUCAACAAUUUUUGUAA